AUGAUCGCCUUCUUCCUUUUUUUCUUUCCUUUUUUUUUCCUUCUGCUUUUUCAUCCGCCUAACUCCCACCACCUCUCCGACCCCAGCCUCAGCCACGGCGGGGGCCGACGGUCCUCCUCCUCCACCUCCUCCACCUACCAAGACUGCGGCAACCAAGCGAAGAAGGACUGUGCCCACCAGCGCUGCAGGACCUACUGCAAGAGACGCGCGGCUUCAGCUACCCACCACCUCUCCCCGGAGGUGAGCCUACCCGCGGUCUUUAGGUGCGUGAGGGUGAGCCAGGUGGACGAGGGGGGCCAGGAGGAGCUCGCUUAUCAAACCUUUCCGUGA